GACGCCCUCAUUCGGCAAACCGGUGCAAGGAUUGAGCCUCACGGCGAACACAACACAUUGAGCUUAUGGUGACAGGCGUCCAACAUGACCUGAUGAAGCAGGCACAGUGCUUUUGGUCAAUGCUGGAUGAGCUUGCAGAGACCAAUGAAGAUGCAUACAGGAAGUUCAUGGCCACAAACUUCCAAAGAGGACAGCAAGAAUUGACACCGGCCAAGCCAUGGAUGUGUGUCAAGACCUGUAUCAUGGAUUAUGCCGGGUUGAACUACCGAAGCUGUCUGUAACUAAACUGUGCCCACAUUAUCAGCGCUAAAUGGCAGAACCACCGGCUAAGAGAGCCCGAAGACGAAGUGAGACACAAACUAACCCUGGUCCAAGCACAGCACAAGAUAGUCAGGCAGCUGCAACCCAACAACUACCGGCUGGUAACAAACAACCUUCCCAGCAGGAACCAACGCAACAACCACUGCCACAACUACAGCCAAGACCGGGUGAGACACAAACUAACCCUGGUCCAAGCACAGCUGCAACCCAACAACUACCGGCUGAUGGAGUGAGGGGUGAUCAACAAACGACUCAGUCUGGCAGCGGACAUCCUUCCCAGCAGGAACCAGCGCAACAAUCACCGCCACAACCACAGCCAAGACUGGAAAGAAAAUUGGAUGUUGAGCCUCCCCACGCUUCAGAUAAUGUCAUGAGAGCCUUGGAAGCAGAUGCCAACGAGCACGCAGAGAAGCGUAAAGCAGAGGCGACGGUUCUGAAAGAUCAGGGGAACCAAGCGUUCAAGAAGAGUGAUUACACACGAGCCGUUGAGCUCUACACACAGGGCCUGGAACGUCUAAAAGACUUUGUGGUGUUGUACACCAACAGGGCACAGGCUUACAACAAAUUGGAAAAGUUUACAGAGGCAAUGGAGGACUGCCGGACGGCCUUGCAGUUGGAACCAAAGAACGUCAAGGCAUUGGUGCACCUUGGCAAGGCCCAGCAGGGACUGAAGGAUUACGAGGCGGCUGUUUGGACUUACAAAGAAAUCCUCAAGAUUGACGAGAAGUACGAGAAAAUGGUGGCAGAUAAUGUCAAGAGAGCCCAGGAAGCAGACGCCAGCGAGCGCACAGAGAAGCGUAAAGCAGAGGCAACGGUUCUGAAAGAUCAAGGGAACCAAGCGUUCAACAAGGGUGAUUACACACGAGCCGUUAAACUCUACACGCAGGGCCUGGAACGUCUAAAAGACUUUGUGGUGCUGUACACCAACAGGGCACAGACUUACAACAAAUUGGAAAAGUUUUCAGAGGCAAUGGAGGACUGCCGGACGGCCUUGCAGUUGGAACCCAACAACGUCAAAGCAUUGGUGCACCUUGGCAAGGCCCAGCAGGGACUGAAGGAUUACGAGGCGGCUGUUACGACUUACCAAGAAAUCCUCAAGAUUGACAAGAAACACAAGAAAAUGGUGGCAGACUACAUUGCAGCGGUGAAUCUAGCCAAGUCCACAGCCAAGUCGGAUAUGGAGGCUGAGAGGCUGUUCAGUGAGGGCGACGUCAAGGCAACGGGCGUUCAGGAGAUCGGACUCAGUGACGUAGCAGACAGUCAGGCAGCUCUGACCCAACAACUACCAGAUGAUCAACAAAACACUCAGUCGAGUAAUGAACAGCCUUCCCAGCAGGAACCAACGCCACAACCACCACCGCAACUACAGCCCAGACCGGGUGAGACACAAACUAACCCUGGUCCAAGCACAGCACCAGCCAGUCAGGCAGCUGCAACCCAACAACUACCGGCUGGUAACGAACAACCUUCCCAGCAGGAACCAAUGCCACAACCACCGCCACAACUACAGCCCAGACCGGGUGAGACACAAACUAACGCUGGUCCAAGCACAGCACCAGCCAGUCAGGCAGCUGCAACCCAACAACUACCGGCUGAUGGAGUGAGGGAUGAUCAACAAAUGACUCAGUCUGGCAGCAGACAGCCUUCCCAGCAGGAACCAACACAACAACCACCGCCGCAACUACAGCCAAGACCGGAUUACCCACAACAAAUUGGAGCCAGCAUAGGAAGCAUCGGGGCAAUCAGCGGUAGCCAGAGCCCUGUCAUUGUUGGUUCAAGUCGAGUUAAUAUCACUUAUCACAACAUGCCGUUGGAGGGACGGCCAGAAAUCACCGGACUCCAGGGGCCGGGUACCUUUGAAGGUUUGCAACAGGAAAUUAUCGACAGCUACAAGCAAACUGCAACGACUAUCCCUGCACACCCUACACUGCAGUCACGUCAAGUGGGUAUUGAGGAAUUCUUUGUUCCUCUCCAUCUAAUGAAGAACAUUCCAGGCAAAACAAAAUCAGUGAGGCCGCUGAGAUUACCAGAAGGAAAGGUUUUCUUAGAUGAAGAUCUAUAUGACAUUCUCAAUUCCUUGGAUGAUUUGUUCAAUCAGGAAAAAGUUAAGGAAAUCAAGAUUCUUCUUAUUGGUGGGGCCGGGACGGGUAAAUCAACCCUGUUAGUGAAGGUUGCAAACUCCUCCAUCACACUUAGAUCAAAACCCCUUCUUGAUAGAUUCGAUCUUGUACUUUGGAUAAAGCUGAGGCAAAUGCAGCAAUCUAGUUGUGUCUUGGAUGCCAUAUUUGACCAAAUUCUAGCUCAAGACACCAAAUUGACGAAAACCAUAGUGAAAGGGUUUAUUGCUGAUCACGAAUCACGCAUUGCUUUGUUGUUGGAUGGAGUAGAUGAAAUUCCAUCUCAUGUUUUGCAAUCUAAGGAGGGCGUGUACAGGGUUCAGGAUAUCUUACACAACAGAGUCCUUACUAAAGGUUUUGUGCUGGUUACCACCCGACCACACAUGAAACAGUACAUACUUAGGGGUCACCCAAAGUAUGCCCUGGUGGAGACAACUGGCUUCAAUCCACAAAACAGAGAUCAGUACAUCAGAUUAAACCUUCCUGAUGAUGCUGACAUGGGAGAGGCGUUGGUUUCAAAUCUGAAAACCAAUCAACAUCUCUGGGAAGUGUCAAAAGUUCCAAUCAUUUCCCAGAUGAUGUGCCUUGUUUGGAAGAAUCAAAAGUCAUUGCCUGAGAGAAUUACUGAGCUGUUUGCAAAGUUUGCAGAGGUUCUUUUCAUUCGCCGCAAUGAAGAAAUGGGUGAUCAGCAUAUGAUGUCCAUCAGGAUGUCCAUUAUUGACGACUUGGGGCGUGUUGCAUUGCAAGGGUUACUAGACUCUAGUGGGGAAAGACUCAUGUUCAAUGAAACUGAAUUUCAGAAUUGUCAGUCUUCCUUAGCUGAGGGUUGUCGUGUGGGUUUCGUUCAACGUGAAACGUUCACGUGUGGUCUGGAUGUAAAGGUGUUGGUCACUUUCCCCCACAAGUCCAUCCAAGAAUACUUUGCAGCAUGUCACCUGGUGAAAUUGCUACAAGAUGACGAAAACCAUUUCCGUCAUCAGUUGAAGCAGAUUGGAGAAGGCAAUGUUCUUGCGAUGGAAUACCUGCUGAGAUUUUGUUGCGGUAAAUCAAGGCAGGCAGCUGGUCUAAUUCUGGAUCACAUACAAGAGAUGCAAGGUGAUGAGGGGGAACUGCAGGGAUUGGCUCGGUUGCUAUUGUAUGAGUCAGGUUCUGAGAAGUUGGCUACCAAACUUGUCAGACCAACUCGGGUAGACUGCAAGAGUAAUGAAGACAUGAAAUCACUGAGUUACUACUUACAGCAUGUCACUCCACCACUUAAAGAUACAGCUUUUAACAUGCAUGUAAGAAUGCAGGACCUAAUGACCCUUUCAAGGGGAAUUCUUCCGAGUGACAGCAUGAACUCAGGCAUGAUAUAUGUUACCUACUUCUUAUCUGAGCAGGAGAAGGAGGAGCUUAGCCUCCUUGAGAAAACACUUGGUGUGGUGGAUAAACAGCACCUUGCUCGAUUACACAUUGCGGUUAUUAUUGAGGCAAAGUCAUGGUUUGACGUGGGGCGUGUAUCACACUGCUUUUUCAACAUACGGGAACCAAUACGAUGGCUUGGUUUGACUAUGAUCCAACGAUCACCGGAUGAGGUUAUUGAUCUAUUGAAGACACUGGAAGGAUGCAGGUUGAGUGCUCUCGGACUGUAUGUCACCGACCUGCAUGCACGGAUGGGAGAUGUUAGCCACAUCUCGUCAUCCCUUAAAGUCUUGCUCCUCAGUGAAUGCAGGUUGGUCGAUGAUGAUGUGAAGGACCUGAUCAGCAUCUUUCCUGCUGGGCAUGGUUUAUUGGUGCUUUCCCUUAAUGGCAAUGAAUUCAGUUUGGAUGCAGUGAGGGCUCUCACUCGUCAUCUCCAAAGUCUCCCAAAGUUCGGUUCGUUGAGUCUUUGUAACAUCGGCCUCGAUGCUGAGCUUGUCAGACAAGUUGUCAGUCAAGAUCUCCCUUACCUGAAGGAAACAAAAGAAAGUGGCUAUUUUCACAGUCCAUUUAUGACCUCUGUUGGGAGCCCCUGGGGAGCCCUUAAGUAAACAAAACUCCCCUUAAUAAGUUCCACAGUCCCAGCAAGAUAAUCACUCUCCAAAAUGGUGUGUCCAAAACUCAGUGGCCUAUAUGGUUGGUCGGGUAGGUCUUAAGAGGAGUGUUCAUGAACACUCCUCUUAAGACCUAAAUAAUCUCCUACAAAGUCAUAACUCUCACCAUGUUCCCUAUGAAUGCACCACUCUCACGAGGCACAUUAAAUUGAAACAAGAAGCUCGUAUUAUGGGUCAUUUUAUGUGAAGUCAAUGCUCUGCGCCCCCC